AUGUUGCAUCCGUACAGAAUGGAGAGCUACCUCAUCCCCCCUCCCUCCGAAGAGAUGUAUGACCCAGAGAUCUACAGACAUCAAAUGGAAUAUUACAACCCGUAUGUUCUUGAAACAGAAAUCCAGUCAGAUCACUGGGACUACCACACUCAUCCUGCAGUUCAUCCAGUGGAGUUUGAAACGCUCCAUGAGACAAACUUCACAGAGCUUCAGAGCGUCCAGCCUCUACACCCAGCUCUCAUCCGCUACGACCCAGACCCCCUGCUGGAACCCAGUCUUCCUGCUCACCCACACGUCAUACAACAGCCACUGGCCUACUAUUCUCGAACGGUGUACCCGCUGGUGUCACAGCGCAGCUCGGACGAUGAAGACAACAGGACACUGGAGGUGUCUGACGAAGAAAGUCUCAGAGAGCGGAUGCCCUACGUCUCGGGAGAGCUUGGCAACAGAAAGAAGAUGCGCCUGUACCAGUAUCUUUUAGACCUGUUGCGGAAUGGUGACAUGAAGGACAGUAUCUGGUGGGUGGACCGCGACAAAGGCAUGUUCCAGUUCUCGUCCAAACACAAAGAGGCGCUCGCUCAUCGCUGGGGCCUUCAGAAAGGAAACCGCAAAAAAAUGACUUAUCAGAAAAUGGCGCGGGCUUUACGCAACUAUGGCAAAACCGGAGAGGUGAAGAAGAUCAAGAAGAAGCUGACGUAUCAGUUCAGCGAUGAAGUGUUGGGAAAGGGCCAUUCGGACAGGAAGUAUUAG